AAUGAAUGAAUGCGAGACCGAGAGAGAGAGAGAGAGAGAGAGAGAGAGAGAGUAGGGUUUCUGGAUCGGAUCGACGAGACACAAUCGAUGAGGAAGCCGAGCUCGAAGGGAUAAUCGGCGGAGAUUGGAGGGGGAAUUUCUGGGUUCGGAAUCAGGAGCUGGGGUGAAUCGCUGGUGGGAGAUGUGGUGGGAGGGAGGGAGAUUCUACUGGGGGAGCAAGGAGGGGAGGGAGGGGAUCGUGGUGGUGUUCGCGUGGUUGUCCAGCCAGGAAAGGCACUUGAAGCCCUACGUGCAGCUCUACUCGACCUUCGGCUGGCGGUCGCUCAUCUGCCAUGCCGAUUUUCUCACUCUGUUUUUCCCUGAGAAGGCUUCAUCACUAGCUGAUGGUGUUCUCAAGGAGCUUCUGCAGGAAUUAAAGAUCAGACCAUCACCCAUUGUAUUCGCCGCUUUUUCUGGGGGACCAAAAGGUUGCAUGUAUAAGGUUCUUCAGUUGAUCAAUGGACGAUGCAAAGGAUUAUUGGAUCUGGAUGAAUAUCAGCUUGUAAAGGACUGCUUAUGUGGUCAAAUAUAUGAUUCAAGUCCAGUGGACUUUACAAGUGAUCUGGGCACUCGAUUUCUUCUUCACCCAUCUGUUCUGAAAAGGCCCCACCCACCUAGAGUUGUGUCAUGGAUGGCAAAAGCCUUGGCAUCUGGUCUGGACACUUUAUUCAUAAGCAGAUUUGAAGCUGAACGCGCUGAUUAUUGGCAGACUCUGUACUCAUCAGUUAAUGUUGGCCCAUUCCUCAUAUUUUGCUCAGAAGAUGAUGAACUUGCCCCCUACCAAGUCGUUUGUAAUUUUGCUCAACACCUACAGGAGCUUGGCGGUGAUGUGAAACUAAUAAAAUGGAACAGUUCCCCUCAUGUCGGCCACUACAAAUUUCAUGCAUCUGAUUAUAGAGCUGGUGUAUUUGAGUUGGUUGGCAAGGCAGCUAUGAUCUAUGCACAGAGAAGGCUGCAAUCACAGGGCUUGGAGGGUCCUUCGAUAUCUGAGUCAGUUUGCAAUCUUCAUAAAGCUGCAGCGAGCUCUAGUGAGAGCCUAAGGAGGGUAGCAACUGACCCAAGUGAUCAUUUCUUCUUGCCAAGCUCCAUGGAGUGCGAGGAUAAGAAAGACGCAAACCUACAAAAAGGAGAGCUGUUCCACACACAGAACAUGCCGAGCAUCAAUGCUCAUGGUGUUCUGGGCCAGAUACUUUUUGAUAUAUGCGUUCCUAAGAAUAUAGAAGGCUGGGAUAUAAAGCCUUCUACAUCACUCAAUGGAAGGCAAACAUUUGCUGUGGCACGACGACACGGCCUUUUCUAUCCAAUGAAGUGCAUACGACGAUCGAGAUUGUAGAAUCUUUGGCUCAUGAGGAAAGGAAAAAUAAAAGAAUUUUCUGUGGAAUCUGAUGGAUGCUAAUAUGUUGUCGCACUUCGAACUAAAGAUAAGAAGCCACAAAAUAAAGACAAAAAAAAAAACAAAUUCAUGAUGGAAUGUACAGCAACUUCAGUGUUUGUAGUUUUCCUUGGAUGUGUGGCAAUGUGAGGCUAAUAGCUAAGAACAGCAGAUAUUCAUAAGAUUGUCUGAUUUUGUUGAAUGUACAGUAACUUCAGUGUCACUAGUUGUCCCUCUUGGAAUCAUGGAAAUGUGAGUUUAUCUAAGAACAGCAGAGAGUGUAUCUUUGUUUCA